AUGUUCUCAGAGAAGGAGGGGUGGUAUGUGUCAACUUUACGGAAUACCGAAAUAUGUUGUAACAAAAUAAUCGAAACUCAUAAUACUUUUAAGACGGUAGUUGAUUUUUAUGCCGACUGGUGCGGACCUUGCAGAAUGAUGGCACCAAAAAUCGAAGAAUUCUCUAAAGUUUUUCCUGAGGUCAAAUUCAUUAAAGUAAAUACGGACGAACAAACUGAAUUAUCUAGGGAAUAUUCUAUCUCUUCAUUACCAACUUUUUACAUCUUCGUAAAUGGUAAAAGAGAUGAGAGCCUUGAUGUUAUAGGUGCCAGGGAGGGUAUGCUGAGAGAAAAUAUUCAAAAAGCACUCGAUAAAAUUAAGCAAUAA